AUGCUUCCGCUGGAGCCACCCGGCGGCCGGGGAUUCGCCGGAGGCGGAGGGGACGAGAAGAGCGACGACGACCUCUGCGGGAGCGACGGCGCCUUCGCGUUCGUCUCCCCGCCCAAGACAUGCGACCCCCGCACACAUCCAGGUCGGCGCAGCAGCGGGGGUUUGAGUUUUUUCGCUGGCUGUGAGCGCGCGGACGACACAUUGCGAGCCCUGGCGGCCUCCUCGUCCUACGUCUCGCCGCUCGCCUGUUCGCUUCCACUCGACCUGGAGGAGGCCGGCGGGGGCCAGGGAGACCGCCCAGCGAGAAAAGAAGGCGAGGCGGGGGCAGGAGCGCCGUUGUCUCAGAGCGAGCCCGAGCGCGGGGAUGCCGCUCUGUCGCAGCUUCCUGCAGCGGGCAGAUCCGGUUUCCAGCCCGGAGGCGCUUCCUUCGCGUACCCGCUUUCCUCUCCUGCCUACCUUCCGCUGUCUUCCCACGGACACGCGCCCCCUCAGUACUCGUCGCCUCUCUGCUACCCGUCGGCCUCGCCGUGCGGCUCCUCUCUGUCCUCCUGCGCCUCUGCGCCAUCCGCCCAUCCUCCGGCGCCACUGGCGUCUCCGGGAGGCGACAGCGCGGGCGUGUUAUACGCCGUGCCCGAUGGCUCAUCAACCUCCGCAGCGCCUCCAACUGCUUGGUCGGCUUGUGGAGGCGGCGCGCCCUCGGCGCCCCUGUCUCCGGGAGAGCCAGGCCUCGCGCAGAGGUUCCUCUCACACAGCGUUCAGCCACUUCCGUGUGGGGCGUCACCGUUUCCUUUCUCGGCUUCUGCGUCCCCCAACGUCCCCCUGCAGGCGCUUCCCGGCGAGAUGGCUCACUCAGGGUACGCCAGGCAGUAUUCGGCCUCGGCGGCCUUCCCCCCUGCCCAGGCUCCAUCCCAGCCGUGCGACACACCGCCUCCGGCGUUUUUCCAGCAGCCACUCAGGUUGUCUGCACCCGCAACGGGAUCUGUUCCCUGCGCGCCGUCGUUUCCUGCUGAGUCGCCUGCGUGCGCAUCUGCCUCCUCCGGUCCUCUGCCUGGGGCGCCGUGCACCUUUUUCUCUGCGCCGUCGUCUCCACCCCCCUCCUCGGUGGCUGCGGGAGCUUGCUCGCCGCCGCCUCCGUCGUCGUCUUCCUCUUCUGUCUCCUGCUGUUCGACCCCGUCGGCGCGCUCGGCCGCGCGUUCACCGGCCCGUUCGGGCGCGGACGUGGAGCCCAAGGCGCCGGGUGGGGCGGUGGCCGAUGGCGCCCUGCUGAGCGGGGAGGCAGGCGUUCGCGGAGGGCACCUUGCGGGCAGCCGCGAAGCCGCAGGGGCGAGCUGGCCCGCGGCCGGGGGUGCCACCCCCACCAGGAACGUCCGGAGGCCCAGGAGAGAAGAUGCCCGACGGGACGAAUCGCCACCGAGGCCGAGAGGCCUGCGGAUCGCCUCCCGCUUCCCUGGCGCCCUGGCUGUUUUGCCUGAUGCGGCUCACGCGUUGCGGCUCCCCGUCCCCUGCGCCAGAGGGCCCCGCGAGGAGACAGACGACGGAGGCGAGCGAGAAUGCAAGCCAGAGGAGGAGGAGGCGCCAGCGAGGAAGGAGGACCCGCCAGGCCCGCGGGGCGAGGCUGCUUCUUCUUUCUCCUCGAUGCUUCUUUACCUUGCCGCGGAGAGACUGGUGGCAGAGGGGGAAAACGAGCUCUCCUCUGCGGUGUAUCGGCAUCUGGUCAAAUCGCGGCAGAAGGCAGCUGCCCAACAACUCCCGUCAUGCCACAACUGGCAGGGAGAAGUUCGUCUUUUGACUCCCGCAGAAAGCUCCAUGGUGCUUCCACGACCUGUGCGACCCCCAGCGCAGCGCUGGAGUCUAACGACGCCGGGAUCCGCAGGCCGAGGGCUGGACGGCGAAGAAGCCGGGGCCGAAGGGGACAGGAGGCGCAGGAUGGAACAAAGCACCACAGGCCGGGAGACUGCGGGGGCGGAGAGGCUUACGCGGCGAGCGCCCGCGUCUGCGGCGGCCUCCAGCUGCGAAAGCCCGGGCCUCAGGCAGGAGUUCCAGGUCUUCAUGUCGGACCUCAUUUUUCUUCUCUCCUCGCGGAUGUCGGGUCAACUUUCUGUCGAGGACUUUCUGCGCCACUCGUGGCCGCCCAACCUCGCUCUUCUGGCCACGACGGUCGAGAGGCCCAGGAGCCUCGGCGGUGUCGCGACGGGUGCAAGAAGCUCCGAAGACCUCUCGCUGGCGGCGCCUCAAGGGCCGUCGUUCUCGUCGCCGCAACUCCAUCUCCUAAGGUGCCGUGCCACGCCGUUUUCUCCAGUUUCCUCGCAUUCUUGGACCAGUUCGCCAGGCCCGCUGUUUUCCUUCAGCCGUAAUCUUUUUCUGCUUCAUCGAUCCGGGCGUUUCUCGCGGGCCCUGUCCCUCCCCCCUCGCGCCGCCUUUCCGUCCUGCUCGGACUGCUGCACGCUGUCCUCAGGCUUUAUUCUUACUAGCGCAGCGCAUGCGUUUUCGCCGUCCGCCUCACCCCUCCUCAUGUCGGCCUCGCUUGUGAAAAAUGGCGCCGUCCUUGGCGCUAUGCCGCGCGGCGUCGCGCCAGCCGCGGCGGCCGCGUUCGCCUCGGGCGCUGGGACGCAGGCCGCUGCCCCGACCGCGGUCGCGGCGGGCCCGUGGCUCGCCUGGAGUCGCCGAGUCAAGCGGGUGGCCAACAUUUGGGGACACCAGAUCUCGCACGAAGAGCUCUUGAGCGGCGAGCGUCCGGCCUUGGACAACCAAUUUCAGAUCGGCCUCGUCCGCGAGCCAGCCGCGGUCUACGUGGUGCGCUACGACGCCACGGGCUCAGUGAUUCUGACGGGAGGCGACGACGGCCUGGUGAAGGUCUGGGACGCGGCGACCGGGCAGCUGAUCUACGCGCUGAUCAAGCACCAGGGGGACAUCACAGACAUCGACUUGCAUCCGAACAACAGCCUCCUCCUUUCGGGCUGCGGAAAGGGCGAAGUUCGGCUCUGGCGCAUCCUGCCGGCGGGGUGGAUUCCGGUCUGCGCGGUGCUUGUCCCUGAGAGAGUCGCUUGGGCGCGGUUCCUUGCCGCGCGCCGUCGCGCCGGCCGCGGCGAUCGCAGUUACGGCCCCCGAGCAGCGUUCUCAGAGCAGGAACAGGUCCGCGGAAGGGAGGAGGGAGAUUCAACGCGGCUGUGGCGAGGCGGCCACCAGAGAGCGCAGGGAGGGGCGCCGGCAGGCGGGAUGGACAGCGAGGAGACAGACGCCCUUGCGGCCGUGACGAAGCGGGGCGAGGGCGCAGAAGAGCGGGAAGGAGCCGAUGAUGAUGACGACGACCCUGUGUCCCUCGUCAUUGUGGGAUGCGAUGACCGAAAAAUCCGAUUCUACGAUCUCCGCGCCCUUCUGGAAACGCCUCCUCUCGGGGGCCCCGGCGGAAGGAGCCCGGUGUUGCCACUUUUGGAAGCCGAGUGGGGCACGUCCCUCCUGCCGCGGGCGAUGGAUCUGAGCAAGGUCCCAUUGGAUGCGUCGGGCUCCUUCCUCUUGGCUCUCGGCUUGGAAGCCCCCGAGCCGGGCGGCGACUCGCCGGGGAGUCCGCAGCACGCCGCCACCGCGCCCCCGACCUCUUCUCCCAGCGUGUUGACCUGCUCGCUGCUGGCCAGUGGAGGCGCGACAGGCCCGAGCGACGGGGGCGUUCACACGCGGUCGGCGUCUCCGCCGGCGUCUUCUGCGUACCGCGCGCUGGUAGUCAGGACACCGUCGGCGGCUCAGCUUCGGGCCCUGCGGCGCCUCCGCCGCGAAGAGGAAGAAAGAGAUCGCCUGGAGAGACGGCGGCGAGACGGCGAGAAGCUCCUCGGCGUCGAGGCGCGUAAGGGUCCGGAAGAGGGGACGGGGGACAGGGACGACGGGAGGCGAAGGACGCGCUUCGGCGGCGACGCAAGAGCCGGCAAGGCCGAUAACGAUAAACACGCGCAGCCGGGGCUGCUCUUCGCUGACCUCACACCGUCCCACUGCGCCUUCCCGGAUGUGUGCUUUGCGUGGCACUCUGCGGACCUCGUGACUGGAGGCGACGACGGAAACGUGUUUCUCUGGUCGUUUUCCUCUCUCGCGGCCGCGUCGUCUCCGCCGUCUGCAUCUCCGUACGCUUCCCGGCUUCGAUCUUCGUCCUCUGCCUCGUCUGCGUGGCCAGCGGGGCGACGGGGGUUCGCCGGCGAGCUCGCAUCCGCGAACACGCCCUCGAAGUUUUUCCUGCUUUCGCUGAGUAUUCAGCGGCUUCUGGAGGGUCGCUACCUUCCAGGGAGCUCUGCGCGCGCGCGACCGUCGUCGCCCCUCUUCCCCUUCUCGCCUGUCUCCCUCGGCGACGGCGCGUGCUCGUCGGCGAGUGCCUUUCCGCUUCUGCAGGCUUCCUCGGGCGGGAGUCGCCCGCAGAGUGGCUCCGCCGGGGGCAGCGGAGGGGCGGUCCCUGCGCCGACCUCCUCGCCGGCCUCCUCGCAGGCCCAUUCUUCGCACAGAUACGGCUCCGGCGGUCGCGGCGGUUGGGGGGCGGGCGGAAGGAGCCAGCACGGGCGCGGCGGGGGCGGCGGGGGCUCAGGUCGGCACUCGUCGUCCUCCUCGAUUUCUUCCUCGUCGUCAGAGGGCUCUGGCAGUUCUGACUCGGACGAGGGGGCGGAAGGAGAGGCCGCUGGAGGCAGCCGCUGCGGGCGGCGCGGCAGACCGCCCUGUCGCCCUCCGCGGUUCGUGCGAGGCGGCGCCGGCGGCCGAGAGGGGGGGCCUGCGGCGGGCGCGGCUGCUGGGUCGUCUGGCGGCUUUGAGGACAAAGAUAUCCUCGCGGCAGGCGUGGGCGACAGUCCGCGGCACGCCGCAGACGCCUCAGGGGUUCGGUACAACCUCCUGGCGCUGGCCUUCACGUGCGACGACUCGCUCGUCUGCGUCGCCGAUGCGGUCUCGCGCAAAACGUCAAAGGCCCGCAUGGAGACGCUGAAGCCGCUUGACCAGUCGCUGUCUAUCUUUCCCUCGCCGCCCGCGGUCUCGGUCGCGGCGCCGGGCGCGCGGCUGCCGCCCCCGAGGCCCAAAACGUGCCGCGUGGGCGCGCUGAGUUUCCAGGGCGUCACCGAGGGCCUCGUGUCGCAGCUGAAGCCCCAUCCGGUCUCACCUGUGCUCAUGGUGUGCUCCACUUUCCGCGGCGAAAUUCUUCUGCUGGACAUGUCUGAGGCCCGCGCACGAGCCAGAGCCGGCUUAGGCGGCGGCGUCGUCCACUCCCCGCGCGCGGCGUGGGGGGAGCCCGCGGGGCGAGCGAGCGCAGGAGGGAGAGCCGCGUCUUCCUCUCCGUGCGGCGAAGAAGACGCCGACGGCUGGGGCUCUGCUCAGCCGGCCUCUGAGUGGGAGGAAGCGGGGGGCAGUGAAGAAGAAGAGAAGCAGGCGCUGCCCUGGCACUGGGAAGGCGGAUGUGUGGUCCUGCGCAAGCUGCGACUGGGCUCGCAGUGCAGCUGGCUCGACUUGGCCUGGGCGCCGAACGGGCUUCAGUUUGCGGGAACCCAUCGCCUAGGCUGCCUGUCGAUCUUUGCAGACGGCUCGUCGCCUCUGUUUGAGGUGACUCUCUUUGAGCAGUUUCUGUCGAGUGAGUACCGCGACACGCACCGCGACUCCGACUCGCUGCUUCUGACCGACGCAGGGACGCGCCAGGCGCCUCAUCUUUUGUCUCGCGGCAUUCUGAUGGACGCGGCUCGCCAGCCGUAUCCGCUUCACGUCCAGCCCGCGUCGCUGGUCCUGCCCUUCCUCAGUGUGGGGUGCCGAAACGCGCAUCUGCACAUGUGCAUGCGCUGUCUCCGGCGGCGGCUCCCGGGGGCGCUGCGGAGCGACGCGGCCCUCUUCUUGAAGAAAAUGUAUUGCAGAGAGAAGGCCAGCGGGAACGCCUCGGCGUUCGCCAGUCUCCUAAUCUCGCCGUGUCCGUGCUGCCCGAGCUCCGAGAAGGCCUGGCAGUUCGCGGACCCCUCCAAGUGUCCCUUCUGCUACGGAGACAGUUCGGUCGGCGCCGCGGCGCCCGACGGCACCCGAGAACUCGGCGACGCUCAGGGCGGCCCUGCGGGCCGCGGGCGGCGAGCGGAGACCGACGGGGGGGGCUCGGGGCAGCGAGGCGAAUCGCGCACUGCGUUUCGCCUCUGGCAGUGCCUGCCGCCCACUUCGGAUCUGGCCUCUCGGCUAGAGAGUCUCCUUCGCCGCCGCGUUCGGCGCCGGGCGAUCCAUCUUCUGCGCUCUUCGCAGCAACGCAAAGUCGAAGACCUCUCGGACCUGUCCCCUGCGCCUGCGGUGGCCGCGGGCGUCGCCGCGGCGGAUUCUUCCGCCCCCUCUGCUUGCCCGGCUUCUCCCGCGCAGGCGGAGGCGCCAAGAGGCGGCGCGCGAGAGACUGUGGAAGCGCCUCAGGGCACCGAAGUGCCCGAGCGAGUGACCGACGCGAAGCCAGUCGGAGACAGGGACGCGGGGAACUGCGGCGGGGCUGCAGACGCCGCCAGAGAGGGCAGGGGAGACCCAAGCGAGACGCAGGUCGCCGAGGAACGGGCACUGGAAGACGGGCAGCACGGUGUUGAUUCCGGGGACCAGCAAGCGGAGCGGAAGCGACAAGGAGUGGACGAAGGGCGCAGUCGGGCGAGGGGCGAGCUGGCCGCAGGCGUACCGCUGAGGAGAGACGAAGACAACCUUCUCAGCGACGAGGAAGGAGACAUGCACGCGAGCUUGCAAGGCGCUCCAUGGGUUGAGGAAAGUGACCGGCAGCCAGAACGACACGAAGGCGGCAGGCCUGGAGGCCGCGCCUACUCCGCCACAAGCGACGUCGCAGUCAGCAACGAGGCCCGGCGCCUGGCGAUUCUCCAUAGACAUCGACUUGAGCAUCACUGCAUUUGGAAGCUUCAGCGCUCCAGCAGCCGAGGCAACAUCCUCAUCUUGCGGACUUUCGUGGCGUCGCUCCUCCAGGGCCGACGCAUGCCCGUGGCUCUGGUUCGCCCACCGCUGGAAGACGAGGCGUGGCUGACGCAGGUGAACGCCUUUUCGUCCUUCUCGUCCCCGCCGCCGCAGACCGCGCGCCAAGCCUGGGGCUCCGCACGCGCCCUCGGGGGCGACUCCGGCGCCUCCUCGUCGCGGGUGUCUCCGCCCCCGCGGCGGGGGGCGGCAUCGAGGCGUGUGCGAGACAGGGACGAUAGCGAGCGCGAGAGUGACAGCGAUUUCGAGUUACACGACGAUGAGCAUGCGGAAGGGUCACAUCGUGCUCUUCCCUCCGGUUCUUUGCAGAGGGGGGGGACGACAGGGGCCUGGGGCUCGAGCGGUGGCGUCUCCGGCGCGGGAGGGGCGGUGUCGAGAUCGGGACGCGUUGUGGGGUUUCAAGAUCUUCACCAGCGCGCCGGGGGCGAGCACAGCUCGCCACCAGCGUCGUCGUCGACUCGCCUCUCGUCACGUAUUGCGCUCCGCCGAGGCGUCGCGGACUUCCAGUCCCUUUCCUCGCCCAUUUUGUCGGGGUCCGCAGGCCGCGCGGGCGGCGGCGUCCCUGGGGCGGUCGCGUCGGGACGCGGUAGCCGACGCCGAGGCUCCCGGUGGCGGCUGAUGCCAGACGAGGGCUGGAGCAGCGAGGGCUCGAGCGACGACGCCGACGACGGCAGGCGAGGAGACGAGGCUGAGCGCGAUCGACGCGCAGGGCGACGGUCUUGCAGGCUGGCUGGCGAGUCAACGGUGAACCCGAUCGCGAUGCUUCAGGAUCCUACGCUGCCGGCGAACGUUCAGCGCGUCCUGCGUCAGCUUCUCGACGACGACGACCUGAAGCAGCUGCGCCAGCAGGAGCGACAGAGCCAGAAGGAGAAGCAGGCGCGCGAGAAGAAGAAGCACGCGGCCCGGGGGGGUCCUGGAGGCUCCGCAGGAACGGACGACGACGAGGAGGCCGAAGGCCUCUGGGGCGAGCUGCCGGUCGACCGCAUCGACGCAGAGGGCAGGGAGCAGCACCUGCUCUGCCUGGCGAGUUUGCUCAAGCCCGAGAGGGAGGCAGCGGCAGCGACCUUGGAGGCGCAGUGGGUCAGUACCGGUCACGUGAAGCCAGCAGGAGAAGCGAGCCAAGCCGCUGAAAUGGCAGAGCCUCGCGGCGCGGCUGGAAGCCCCUCCCCCCAUGGCUGCUCUUCUCAGCCCUCGCCGUUGGCAGAACUGGGUUCGACUUCCUCUCUCGUGCCUACAGGCGUUCGCCGCUCGGAGCGCACCCAGGCAUCCUCAUCCUGGGCGUCGUCCGCCUCGGCGUCUCCCUCUGUCUCUUCUUCUUCCUCGACUGCGGCGCAGAGGUCGCCGAGCGACGCGCCCGCGCCGCUGGAAGACUGCACGCUGUGCGGCGUCGCGCACCGCUGCAAGCUCUGUGGCCUCGGCGCGAGCUCGUUGGCGGUGCCAGACUGGCGCUUCAUCAACACGCUCGAGGACUUUGACGAAGCUGGUCACGCGGAGGAAGACAAGAAAGCCUACCACAGCCGACUCCUCGCGGGCGAAGCGCCGCCCAGCUCCGUGUUGCAUCUGCCGCUCGGCGAGCUCGUUGGGCCUUUCUUUCUCGCCUCGCUCGGCGCCCACAGAGACGGGUCGGGGGCCAGCAGCGCCCGCGGCGAGCCGAGACGCAGGGGCCCGCGAGGGGACGAAAAAGAGAGGGAAAUGGAAGAGCUGGCGGGCGUCUGGGUUCACACGCGGUGCCUCAUGGCGGUCAGCGAACUGGACGUCGACUGCCACGCCCGCGGCUUCAACAACCUCAAGAUGCGGGUUGAGGAAGCGCGGAGCCAUACGUGCUCAUUUUGCAGCACGAGAGGCCCGACAGUGCAGUGCACUUUCUGUCCGCGGACGUUUCACUACCCCUGUUCGCUGAAAUCAUAUCUUGCCUCUGGGCUGACUGCUCACCAACUCGGGUUUCCUGCGUCAACGGCGUCGUUCGCGCUCCCCGCGAGCGCGGUGGCGCUGCCCGCCUCGUCGUUCUCGUCCUACCUGUCGAUCGCGUUCAGCUCCACGUCCCUCGUGGGAGACUCGCCGGCGAUGCGCGAGGCACGCGUGGCAGCCUUCCUCGCUGCCGGCAAACUCCAACCUCUGCAGCGAACGCGGUGCCUGCCAGAUCCGCUCUACUACGGGCGAUAUGUGUGUUUCUGGUGUCGCAAGUCGCGUCAGAUGAAGACGCUCCUUUCUUACCUGACUGGCGAAGUUUUUCUGUCCGCGCGCAGUCGUGAGUGGCUCACGGUCUCGCAUCGUUGCCCGGCGGGCUUCAUUUCUGCGUCGAAUCCUCCGCUCGUCUCCGCGUCUGCUGACCCGCCGCGCGCUUCCCCUUCUCCCCCCUACUCGUGCUGCGCCUCCUCGUCGCUCUGUCGCGUCCUGCCGCUGCCGCCGGUCGGCAGCUUCGCCCCGAAGCCGAAGGCGCCCGAGAGAGGGGGACGCCGGGGCCGCGGGGCGCUGCAGAGCCCUGGGGAGCAAGAAGCGAGACACGGGGCGCCGGAGGCGGCGUGCGAUCGCACUGGCGAGCCUCUUUCGGCGGCAGAGUCUCACAAGGACGAAACGAUGCGUGCGGGUCAAACCGAGAAAGCGGAGGUGCAGCCAGAGUCGCAGGGCGACCAGCCGACUCCAAGCGAGACGGCGAAGGACCAUGGCGAAGCAGCAGGUGGCGGGAGGGUUUCCGGUCUCCGUUUCUCGAGAAGCGAGAUUGAGGAGCACGGAGGCGAGACAGAGGCGCUGCUCGACUCCGUCACGCUUCCGCCUGAAGACGAGUUGCCCUGCUGCUUCACGAGUGUCGGCGUUUACGUCCCGCAGCUGGGAGACGUUCUUCGGUACUUUCCUCAUCUGCACCAAAAUCCUGUUCUUCCCCACGACCGCGUGCAGCUGUGGCAGCCCGAGAUCUUCCUCCCCUGCGAUGUGCUGGUCACCAACAUCAGCUACGAGUUUCCAGGCCUGCCGGUCGACGAAGAGCCCGUUGCGGUUUUCGCGGUGCUGGAGCUCUCGGUCGUUCGUCCCGAGUGUCUGUACGGCCGCCGCUUCGAAGUCCACUUCGCGCCUUCGCUGGAUGGAGAGGCAGACUAUCUCGUUCCACUCCUCGACGUCAACAGAGGCCUUCUGCGUCUCGCGCAGCUCCGCGAAGGCGAAGACUGCCGCGCAUACAUGGACGGGAAGUUCUACACUGCGCGCGUGGAGCACAUCAAGCGGGGCCCUCCAGCGCUCCUCAAAGAGGCUCUCUGCGGAAAGAAACCCGCGCCCACGGACUCCGCCACUGCGGCCCUCGAGUCUGUGCUGCCGCCUCAGCCGCUGGGAGACGCGGAUGCAGCGAGGCCACACCCUUCGCUCUUGGCGGCUGCAGCUUCCGCCGUGCGGGUGGUGGCGGGCCCCAAGGCAGGUGAGGCCAGACCGUUCGCGAAGGACGAGGCGGCUGGAGACAGGGGCGGGGCGGCUUUACCUGCGGCGGCGUCCUCAGGCGUCGCGGCGUCGAAUCCCGCGACGACGGCUGCUCAGGACGGCGGGCGCGAGGUCUCUGCGUCGUCGAGCUCGGGCUCAGAGGCGAGCGCGGGGAGGGCGGGGAGGGUAGACGGCGCCCCACAAGGCGAGGAUGGCGGCGAAGAGCACGCGGGAGGGCUGCUCGAAGGCGCCGAGGCCCGCGCGCCGGCUGUCGAUGGAGCGCUGGCGGUUCAAGCCGCUCUGGCGCCCUGCGACUGGCCAGUUUUCCCGACGCCGGGCGUGGUGAACUGCGCGCGGCUCCUCCGCCUCGGCGGCGAGAAGAUGACGGCGCGCGUGCUGCAGGAGCUUGGAGACAAAGCCCACUCCUCGCGCCUCGGCGCUGCCUUCUUCGCGGAGCGAACCCAGGAGAUGGGUCGGUGGAGCCAGAUCGCGGGCCUCGGCCUCGAGGCCAUCCGCGUCCACUACUACAACGAGGAGGAAGAGGCGCGCCUCAAAGGCGCGUCCCCCCCGACGGCUGCAACGGGCUCCGGCGAGGGGAGCCGCAGCCGAGGGGCGGAGGCGGGCGCCAGAGGAAAGGGGGCGUCGGCAACUCCGCUCGGCGAGAGCGAAGGCGCCGACGACCAGGAGCAGUGGCUGAACGCCUGGGAGGUCGAUUUCGCCUUGGGCGCGCGAGACACCUUGCACGCAACGCUGCAGCGUCAGCUGCAGGAGGCUGAGUUCCCCCGCGCGCGCCAGCUGGAGCUGUUUGCGGCGCUCGACGCACUCAUGCUCAUGGAGGACGACGAGGGGGAAGACGCCCGCGAGAGCUCCAAGCGGGGGGCGGCACGGCGGCGCGCCGAGAGAGGCGCGGGGCGGAGGAGACGGGGGCGGUCGCGGAGACGCAGGCAGGCUGCGGAGGACGCGGACGCAGGAGGUGAGGAGGACGAGGACGAGGGUGGAGAGAUGCACGAGCGAGAGAGAAGCGAGGGCAAAGACGAGGGCGACGAGGAGGCGUCCACGGCGGCACUGCAGAGCGGAGACACGUCUGCGGCGGCAGGAUCUCCCGUGUUUGAGUUGUUCAUCGACCCCAUCGCGACGAUCGGCGACACGCGAGGCGCGCGCCGGGCGGCACCUUCGUGGCUCGAGCGAUACUGGAAGGAAGUGCCGCUCCCCAUCAGUUUGUCCCUGAUCCGCGAGCGCCUGUGGAACGGGUACUAUCGGCGCGAACCUGCUCUUCACUUUGACUUCCACCUUCUCCUCCACGACUGCCGACUCUUUAAUCCGCCCGGUGACCCCGUUCACACACUCUCUUACCGUCUCGAAGAGGAACUUAUGAGGCGCGACUUGCUCCCCAAGGCGCCGCUCACGCCGACGACAGACAAACCGUGGGGCUUUGCGCCAGGCCGGGGGCCAGAGACGCCCGGCGCGGAUCCAUCUCCGCAGAACCUCUUUGCGCACCUUCGCCGACACACCGAGACGCAGCUCGCACUCGCUCGAGAACUCGAAGCGCGCAUCCAGCGCACCGCCGUUGAGUGGGUCGAGGAAGCUAGGGAGACUGCCGGCGCGGAGGAGGAAACGGCGGCGGCGAAGGCCGAAAUGCACGCGCGACACACCUCCGGGGACGCUCCAGAGAAGCUCGAGGGGCGAGGCCGAGGAGACGAAGAGACGAGGAGAGAAGACGAACGACGACGCCAGGCGCGUCUGCGGCGAUUUGAAGGGGAGGCAAGCCGUUCGGGGUCUCCGCAAGAAGUGAAGAGCUCAGCUAGAUGGCGCGACGCGCCCCCCGGAGAGCGAAACGGGCUGAGGAGGUCUGAUCAUGCUUCAGAAGCUGCAGGAGGGAGAGCGUCUGCUGAGGACUCUACAGCCUGUCAGGCAGCACAAGCCGUGAAGCCCGAUGUCACGCACGUGGCUCCAUCUCACGGAGAUUUCCAUUCUGCUUCCGCUGUGCGCCCGACGUUGGGCACAGAAACAGCAGUGGGCGCGGGGGGUUCCAGCAGACUGACGGGAGAGGGCUCUCGAGGCGAAGCGUCUCUGCCUGAGGACGAGACGUUUGCCGCGUGCGCAUCGCGGAAGCGAGCGUCACCAGAAGAGGGGGGCGAGGCGCCCACUGGGGAUGAAAGCGCUUGCGACGAUGUCUCCCCGGCGAACCGCACCAAGCGACCGCGAACAGUUCGAGACCCUCCCCCCUCGUCUCCUUCGUCUGCCUCCGCCUCGUCCGCUUCGUCGUUUCUCGGGGGGUUCAGAGACGUGGAUGGCGUGUCUCAGGAGAGUGCGGAGUUAGGCAGAGAGGCGAGGCUGCGGGAUCGGUUUUCGGCUUCUCCGCGCGACAGUUCGGCUUCAGAGAACUCUCGCGCGGCGUCGUCGUCGUGGCUCAACGGCCCCGAGGGCCUCGUGGGCGCAGGCUGCAGCGGCGCGAGGGCGAGCGGCGCGCCCGUUUUGGGGACGACGCGGAGCGGACGCGUCGUGAAGAGGAACGUCAUGUUUUCAGAGGCGAGCGAGCGAGAGGAGGAAGACGAAAAGGGGCGAGGUGGCGGCGGCGGCGUUAAGGACCGUGAAAGAAGGGCCUCUAGGCACCGAGACGCAGACAGCCUCGCGACCGCCUCAGGGCGGAGCGAAAGGCCCGCAGGCAGCGUCGCGGGGGCAGGGAGGAGGGGGCGCCGAACGCGCGCGGGCGCCAGAGACGCCGAAGGGGACGAGCCGAGAGCCGGAGGCGAUGACGGGGAAGACGAAGACCUUAAAAAGGUUCUCGCGCUGAGUGUGCAGACCUUCAAGGAAGAACAGGCCAGGAAGCAGAGUAAGAAGGACGGAGACGGAAAUGGGGCGACCCACGCGACCAUGAACCGCGAGGGCGUGGACAGCUGCACCUCUCGCGGGGCGACGCCCAUCGAAGCGAUGAACGGCACGAGGAUCGGCACUCGAGCACACGUAGCAGAAGGCGGAGAGAGCGAGAGAGGCGUCGGCGCAGCGGUGUUCGUGGAGCCGUCGGGCCUCAUGGCGUCGGAAAGCGGCCGCCUCCUUGCAGCUAGGGCGAGAGGACGGGCGCGGGGCCGGGUUAAAGGGGAAGAAGAUUCGCUGGCGGAGUCGAGCGAAGACGGGGACGAGGAGGACGAAGAGGACUCGAUCGACGAAGAUGACGAAGAGUACAACGAGGACGAAAAGCCAGGCGCGAGGCGAGGGCAGAACAAGCCCCGGGGAGGGAGGCCGCCCCCGCGUGGUAGCCGAGGACGAGGCAGCCGGAAAACGCACCUAGGCGGCUCGCUCCGCGCGAGAAAGCGACGACGAAGCGCAGGAUCCGAUUCCUCGUCCUUCUUUUCUGGGUCUGACGGCGAUGCGGAGGAUUUAUCUCCAACAGGAAGGCCCGAGCGCCGCCGUCUGGUAGCGGCCCGACCUUCCCCUGAGUCAGAGCCCGCAGGCAUUCGGCGCCCGUCGCGGACGAAGAACGCGCAGCGAUGA